CAUGCGCCUCCGGACUCCCGGGGGAUCCGCUGGGAGUCGCUGAGGACAAGGCGUUGCUGCGGCAACUAUUUGUAAACCCAAGACCUGGGCGGCAUUAAGUAGGAAGCUGGAAACUUCGAGGAAAUGAAGGAACCAGAUGAUCAGGAUACUGAUGGGAUAUCAGAAAAAUCAAAGAGUGAUAGAAGGCACUCCCUGUGGUCCUCUAAAUCUGUUUCAAGGUAUGAAAUAACUGAAGGGGAAGACUGGCUUGUAGAUGAUGACUCAGAUCUGGAAGAGUUGGAAGGAAGUUCAAGUACAGUCGAAGAUGAUUAUGAAGAAAGCAUUGGAGAAUUUCAGUCUAUGGAACCCCUUGCCCCAGCUUCAAAAGAAGUAAAGGAGGAAGUGAAGAAGAAAAUAUCUGAGAAUUUCUUCUAUGAUUAUGACCAGCUAGUUUCAGUUCCUUAUGUGUCUUCAUAUUCACUCAUACCAUCAGAUCUGCUCACUCUUGUACAUUCCUUUGGUUAUGAUUGCAAAAAGCGAGCCAACCUUCAACUUCUGGACCUUAAUACUGUGUUGUAUGUAGCUGGAAACUUUUUGAUCCUUCUGAAUUUCAGAACCAAAGAACAGGUCUAUCUACGAAGCAACAGUGGCAGAGGAAUUGGUGUCAUUGCGGUUCAUCCCCAAAAAACUUACUUCACAGUAGCUGAAAAAGGAGUUUCCCCCAAAAUUAUCAUCUAUGAAUAUCCUUCUCUGAAGCCUUACAGAAUCCUUCGAGAUGGGACUGAGCUGGCAUAUGCUUAUGUGGACUUUGACUCUAGUGGUUAUUUGCUGGCCUCUGUUGGUAGCAAUCCUGAUUACACUAUGACCAUCUGGAAUUGGAAAGAGGAACAACCCAUAUUGAGGUCAAAAGCCUUUUCCCAGGAAGUUUUUAAGGUGACUUUCAAUCCUGAAGAUGAACAACAGCUUACUACAUCAGGAACAGGCCACAUCAAGUUCUGGGAAAUGGUUUACACAUUCACUGGUCUCAAGCUUCAGGGUUCAUUGGGUCGAUUUGGCAAAACAUCAAGUACUGAUAUAGAAGGUUACAUGGAGUUCCCGGAUGGGAAGGUACUCUCAGGAUCAGAAUGGGGCAACAUGCUGGUCUGGGAAGCUGGUCUCAUCAAAGUAGAGCUCUGUAGAUCUUCAGGGAAAACUUGUCACCAGGGUCCCAUUAACCAGAUAAUGCUGGAUGAAGGUGAAGUCAUCACUAUUGGGUCAGAUGGAUGUGUUAGGAUAUGGGAUUUUGAGACAAUAGAUACUGCUGAUGCUGUAGAUGAUUCCGGAUUGUUAGAAAUUGAGCCCAUAAAUGAACUUCAAGUAGACAAGAAUGUCAAACUCUUCUCUAUGAUAAAAAUGAAUGAAGUUGGAUAUAACUUUUGGUUGGCUCAGGAUGCCAGUGGAGCUAUAUGGAAACUUGACCUUAGUUUUUCAAAUAUUACUCAGGAUCCAGAAUGCCUCUUUUCCUUUCAUUCUGGAGCUAUCGAGGCCUUGGCUGUCUCUCCUCUCACAUACCUCAUGGCCACUACCUCUUUGGACUGCUUUGUUCGAAUCUAUGAUUUUGCUAGCCAAAUUGCUUUGACUCAGAUGAAAUUCAAACAAGGAGGUACUGCCCUUACUUGGGUACCCCAGCUGGUAAGCUACACUGGAGCACAGAUUAUUGUAGGAUUUGAAGAUGGGGUUGUUCGAGUUCUUGAACUUUAUGAUCCAAAAGGGCUCACGCUUUUUGCAGGACGGAAGAAAAUUUCAGAUGCUGAAAUUCAUUUGAAACGGGCUUUCAAACCUCAUACUGCUCGUGUCACUGCUUUAGCUUAUGAACGUGAUGGAGAAAUUCUCGCUACAGGGAGUGAGGAUAAAACAGUGUUCUUCUUUGAAGUGGAAAAAGAGUAUAGGCCAAUUGGUUAUAUUAAUACUCCUGGGCCUGUUUGCCAGUUAACAUGGUCUACAAUCUCUCAUCCUGAAAGUACUUUACUGAUAUUCUGUGAAAAUGGCUAUGUUCUUGAAGCUCCACUUCCAACCAUAAAAGAGGAAGUAGAGGAUCAUGAUAAAAUCUCUUAUGAAAUAAAAGACAUACACAUAAAAUAUUUCCAUUUCACAAGUGUCAAAUCUAAGAUUCUGAGAAUGAUGGAAAUUGAAAGGAGAAAGAAAGAAAAAGAAUUGAAAGAGAAGGCAAAGGAAGAAAGAAGGAAGCAACUAGCUGCAGAGAUGGGAGAAGAUGAAGAAAAGGAGUUCAGUGAGGAAGAGGAGGAAGAGGAAGAAGAACCAUUACCCAAAAUCUUUGUUCCAUCUACACCCUGUCAUAUCCUUUGUGGAUUUUACUCUGAGCCUGGGAAAUUCUGGGUUUCCUUGGGUGGAUAUGAUUCCGGUUUCCUUUAUCACUGUAAGUUUCCUCCAUAUGACCCAAACUAUAAUAUUACAGAAAGUGAAGAUGAAGCUUUUGAAUUUCGUCAUCUUGCUUAUACAGAGGACAAUCCAAUUCAAACUAUCACUUUCAGCAUUAACCAAAGUAUGAUGUUUUGUGGGAUGCAAAAUGGAGCAAUUCGUGUCUAUAUUCUACAAGAUAAUAAUUUUUUACUGAGUGGAUUGGAGGACUACUGGCACUUGAAUGUGCAUGACAAUGAUUAUGGAUGUAUUAAGGCCAUCUCUACUAGCUUUGAUGAUCGUUUCUUUGUGACUACUGGAGGAGAUGGUAAUAUCUUUGUUUUCAGCAUUUUUUCUGAAUUUGAGUUAAAGAAACAGGUCAAAGCCAGAGUGCCACCUCCCAGGUUUGGAAUAGAAACAGAGCCAAUUCCAGAAGAUAUAGUUGAUCCUAACGCCUAUAGUAUUGAGAAUGCUAGAAGGAAAAGAGAAAAUGACAAGUUAAUGAAAGAAAUGGAAGAAAUAAAGGCUGGGAAGAGAGAAAAAAUAAAAACUUUGAGGAAUGAAUUGAAAAAACUACUAGCACUGAAUGAAGAAUUACCAAAGCAUAUGCAGUUCAAACGAACAGAUUUUGAUCUAGAUUCCAAAAUUCGCGCUGAAAUUAACAGAAAAACAGCUCGUAAGAUCCAACAAGUGGAAAAAGAAUUAAGUUGGGAAAAAGAGAAACAUCACGUUGGCCUAAUGAAGAUAAAGAAGAGAUUUCGUGAUUCGCUGGAAAAUGAUAUUAUUAUAGUUCAUGCCAUACAAAGUGACCACAAGAUAGCCUCCUAUAGGCUUGUGAAGCCUUCCAAGUACUCCAAAUUCAAACGGCCAAGUCAAACAGAGAGAAGACCCAGCAAAUUAGAAAGGUUUGAUAAAGAUGGAACUGGAAGAAGGGAUAGCCAGAAAGAAUCAGGUGCUAGUAUCAGUGCCACAGAAGAAUCCCUUAUAGAAAAAGGGAAGAAAUUUCGACCUAAAACCCUAAGUGAAAUUAUGGUGAAAAACCAAAUUGAAAAGACGAGGAAACUUAUAGUGAAAGCUGAAAAAGCCCAACAAAAGAUUCAGCAGCGAAAAAAAGAAUGGGAGGAACUGUACAAGAGUAAACCUGAUGAUGACUUUGAAGAUCCUAAAGAUGUUCAAGCCAUCAAAGAGGCCCAGUUGUAUAUGGGAGACUUCAAUCUGAAGACAGCAGCAGAUUAUAAGAUACCCGAGCACAUGAGAAUAAAUGCUGCCAAAAAGGAAGAGGAACUUGGACAUCUUGAUACAAUGGUCCAUUCAAAGAAAUUGCACAUGAACAAAAGCAUCCUCUCUCUUAGAGACCUUAAAAUAGCUGUCAUUGAAGAAAUACAGUGCUUGGUACAAGAACUGAAGAACAUUCAGUCAAGUCUUCCUAUAUUCAAGCAUAUCCCCAUCCCCCAAGUCCCAGAGAUACACCCAGAAGAAGUUCCAGAAAAGAGAUUUCAGUAUGAUGAAAAAACUCUCCUAGCUUUCAAGCAACAGAAAACUGAGAAUUUAAAGCCAGCCCAAAUAGAAAAGGCAAGUUCUGUGAUUUUAAGUGGAUUCCUGAAACCUCACUGUUCUAGAAAGGAGGGGGAUCUUAUGUCACGAGAGUCUAUAUAUAAACCACCGAAAUCAUCUCUGUUGACUUCAGAAAUUCCAAAGAUAGUGGAAUUUGAAAAAGCAGAGCCAACUGAUGUGGAGCUGGAGAUUAUGAAAAGAGAUGAGAUUAAACAUGUGUACAUGCAACAGUAUUUGAUAAACAGGAUCAAAGAACUGAUUGUCACUUUUGAUGCUGAGCUUCGUCUCCUAAGACAUCAGAAACUAAAACUAGAUACUCAGAUGAAGUUAUCUGACCUGCACCAUCUCACAUUAUUUCAAGAAAUGCUUCUCCUCAAGAAUUUUGAAAAACAGGAGAACAUACUUCAAGAACGUGUUAACUCAUUAGACAAAGAAGAACAGGACAUGCAAUGGAAAAUAAAUGAAACUCAAAAAGAGAUGGAAGAGAAAAAGACUGAAAUUGCCAAGCUCCAGGACCAAGAAAAGGCAUUGUAUGCUGGUUUCCAAGCAGCCCUUGGGGAAAACAAUAAAUUUGCUAACUUUCUCAUGAAAGUCCUCAAGAAAAGGAUUAAGCGAGUGAAGAAGAAGGAAACUGAAGGAGAUGCUGAUGAAGACGAGGAAAGUGAAGAGUCAAGUGAGGAGGAAUCUAGUUUGGAGAGUGGUGAAGAUGAGUCUGGAUCUGAAGAUGAAGUUUUUGAUGACUCUAUCUGCCCAACAAAUUGUGAUGUGGGCCUUUUUGAAUUAGCCAUUUACCUUCGAGAGAAAAGGCUGGACAUAGAGGAGGCCUUGGUAGAAGAAAAGAAAAUUAUUGAUAAUCUCAAAAAGGAAUAUGAUGCAUUAUCCAAAAAAGUGAAAGUUGUGGCAAAUAAUCUGAAUGCAGCUGAGGAGGCUCUGGAGGCUUAUCAGAGGGAAAAGCAGCAGCGGCUCAAUGAAUUGUUGGUGGUGAUUCCCCUCAAGCUUCACCAGCUAGAGUAUAUGGUAUUCGGAGAAAUACCUAAUGAUCUUUCUGGGACUUUGGUCUUUUCUAAUCGCUCCUUGAGUCGACUACAAGAACGAAUUGUACAGCUUCAGAAUGAAAAUUCCCAGCAGCAAAAACUUAACAAAGAGUGUCGAGAAAGGCGUAAACAGCUUAUACGAGAAAAGAGAGAGAUGGCAAAAAAUAUACACAAAAUGGAAGAAACAGUUCGUCAACUAAUGAUCAGCAAGUUUGGCCGUGUGAUAGACCUAGAAGCCCUUCAGACACUUUCUGUGAAUACAACACUUGAAGAACUGAAGAUCAAAAAACUUCGAAAGGAGAUAUCAAAUGCAAGGGAAAUGAAGAUAUGGGAGGAAAAGAUCGCUCAAGUGAGAUGGGAAGUAAUGAUGAAGACAAAGGAACACACCAAAAAGCUUCAUCAGAUGAAUGACUUAUGUAUCGAAAAGAAGAAACUUGAUUCUCGGUUGAAUACACUGCAGAACCAGCAGGGUAAUGCCUUCCAGGGCCCUCGGAAAGCAGAUAUUGUGGCUCGAGAGAGGAUCACUGAAUUGAUCCAAGUCCAGGCAGAAAGGAUUCUGUCCUUAAAAGCAGAGAUUGCUCUUUUACGUAAAAAAGGUGGCCUUAUUCUUCCUCCCAUUCAUGUUCCUCCAGAGAACUAGACAGAAUUCAUGUCUUUGAGUCUUGUUUUUUCCCCUCCUUUAAAUCCAAGAUUUCUGACAUGGGAUUCACUGUAAGUUGUGUUUUACAGUAAGAUUUUUAAAGUGAACUUAUAGAAAAAUUUAAAACCAGUCUUGUUCUGUACUUUUAAUAAUUGUUGUCUGAUCAUCUUAGAACUGACCAAUGCCUAUUAUUAAACAGAACCAUUUUUGGUUU